AUGUCUAAUAAGAAGAUUCUAGUUGUCUUUGGUGCAACAGGAAACCAAGGCCGGUCUGUCAUUGAUUCGAUUUUGAACGAUCCUACUACUGCCGCUCAGUUUGAAAUUUUUGGUGUUACUAGAGAUGUCUCAAAGCCAGCAGCGGUUGCUCUUGCAGAACGAGGUGUCAAACUAGCUGAUCUGGACGACAAGGAGUCUCUGCGAUUGGUGGUGAAAGGUGCCUACGCAAUCUUCGCUGUCACAAAUUGGCAAGAAGUUAUGAACAAAGAGCGAGAGGCUCAGCAAGGAAAUAACAUUGCUGAUGUCGCCAAGGAAUUUAAUGUUCAACAUCUCAUCUGGAGUAGCUUGCCUAAUGUCUCAAAGAUUAGCAACAACAAGUACACCAAAGUACUUCACUUCGAUUCAAAGGCCGUCGUCGAGGAACAUGUUCGUUCCCUGGGUAUCCCAGCAACAUUCCUCUACCUCGGAAUCUUCAUGAACUUUCUGCCCUCCAAUAUUAUCCCUACUUCAGAGGGUGCCAAGUCCUACAAUCUCGCAUUUCCUUUUCCUCCUGAUACCAAGAUUCCGUUGAUCUCGGUCAACAAAGACACUGGCGCCUAUGUAAAGCACAUUUUGCUGAACCGAGAGACUUUUCUUGGGCGCCAAGUCUCAGCCUGCGAAAAUGAGUAUACGCUAUCUGAGAUUGUGUCUAUCUUCAAGAACGUCGGUGGUGUCGAUAUAUCACUGCCUGCAAGCUACACUGAAGGUGAUUUCAAAAACAGAUUGACUGCUCUUGGUGUACCUGAAUUCUUUCAGGAAGACUUGGUUGAGAAUAUGAAGUUUAUCCAUGAGUUUGGAUAUUUCGGGGGUCUUAAGCUUGAUCAUGAUAUAUUGCCUGAACCCUUGGAAACAUUUGAGGAAUUCGUGGCGAAGAGCUCGGAGAUCGCUGCUCUCAAAUGA